GUCUUAUAAAGAUGCAUACAAAGUUUCUCUCACCGCAGUGUCGUUAACGUAUUUGACUACGGAUCAAAAAUUUCAGGGACUCAGAGGGAAAACAAAGCAAUAAGAUUUCUUUCAGGUUCAAGUCGUAAGGAAAAAAAUGUUGGGUUUCUUGGCUCUCUCCCUCCUCACAGUGGCAUUUGCUAAUGCAGCGGAAAAGACAGUUUGCGAACAUAAGCACAUGACAAUUGACUGCAGAGGGUUAGACAUCAAUAUUCUGAGGGCAUCCUAUGGCCGCACCCAACAAGGUGUCUGUGGUCGCGGAAGAAGCACAAACUGCCAUGCUGGUAGCUCCAUGAGCGUCGCUAGAUACGAAUGUCAAGGACAGACGAGAUGUACUCUGUACGCGAAGAACGAAGCGUUUGGUGACCCCUGUGUUGGAACCUUCAAAUAUCUAAAGGUGAAGUACGAAUGUGUGGAAAAAACUGUUCUUUGCGCUGAGAAUAAGCUCGUUCGCAUCUGCGAAGGACGGUCACAGCACAUUUCGUGCCCCGCCCCGAAGAAAAUCGAUAUCAUGUCGGCGAAUUACGGUCGUUUAACUGGUCGGCAUAUAUGUUGGGGACCAGUUAAAACCACAAACUGUGGAGCUGCAGGGUCGAUUGAUAAAGUGAGGAGCAAGUGCCAGGGAAAGCGAAGCUGCUUUUUGCAGGCAACAAACGGCCAGUUUGGCGAUCCUUGCCGUGGGACAAAGAAGUAUUUGGAGAUCAGAUACAGAUGUGACUGGUAAAGGAUUCCACUGAGUGUUCCAAGCGUCAACCAGUGAAAACAAGUGAUCCCAUGUAGUUUGUGUAGUUUAUGUAUCAGGAACCAUUAAAAAUAACUUUCGACGCCA